AAAGUCUUUUCAAAAGUGUCGACAAUUUUUGAUGUUUCGGUGGAACGAGGUUGGAUCUAACUUUUAUUAAUUUGCCAAGAGUUCCAACAUAAUUAAUUUAUAAAAAUGUCAACAACGGAGGGCCAAAUUACUGUGAAUACAAAUUUGCAGGAGCAGAAUCUUGAAAACCUCGAUAUCAAUAAUUUGACUGCCCUCUCACCGGAAGUAAUUUCGCGUCAGGCAACAAUUAAUAUUGGAACCAUUGGCCAUGUCGCUCACGGUAAAUCGACUGUGGUGAAAGCACUCUCAGGAGUGCAAACUGUUCGUUUUAAAAACGAACUCGAAAGGAACAUCACCAUCAAGCUCGGUUAUGCAAACGCAAAAAUUUACAAAUGCGACAAUCCAAAAUGCCCCCGUCCCGCUAGUUUCAUUUCUGGAGGUUCCAGCAAGGACGAUAGUUUUCCCUGCACCCGGCCAGCGUGUUCGGGUAGGUUUCAAUUGAUUCGUCAUGUGAGCUUUAUCGAUUGCCCCGGUCACGACAUUCUUAUGGCAACUAUGUUGAACGGUGCCGCCGUGAUGGAUGCAGCUUUGCUAUUAAUUGCUGGAAAUGAAUCGUGUCCUCAGCCACAAACAGCAGAACAUCUAGCUGCCAUUGAAAUUAUGAAGCUGAAGCAUAUGAUCAUUCUUCAGAACAAGAUUGAUUUAGUUACAGAGAGCCAAGCCAAGGAACAACACGAGGUGAUUGUGAAGUUCGUCCAGGGAACCGUUGCCGAGGGAAGUCCCAUUGUUCCAAUUUCAGCUCAAAUGAAAUAUAACAUUGAAGUACUUUGCGAAUAUAUUGUCAAUAAAAUUCCUGUUCCCAUUCGUAACUUUGAUUCCCCGCCAAGAUUGAUUGUUAUUCGUUCAUUUGAUGUCAAUAAACCCGGUUGUGAAGUGCACGACCUGAAGGGUGGUGUUGCCGGUGGAUCUAUUCUGAGUGGAGUUCUUAAAGUUGGUCAGGAGAUCGAAGUGCGACCAGGAGUCGUAACAAAAGACUCCGAAGGUAAUGUAACAUGUAGACCUAUUUUCUCGCGGAUUGUGUCCUUGUAUACCGAGCAAAACGAAUUGCAAUUUGCCGUUCCUGGUGGACUAAUUGGUGUGGGCACAAAAAUUGACCCGACACUUUGUCGUGCUGAUCGUUUAGUCGGUCAAGUUCUUGGCGCUGUUGGCCACUUACCAGAAAUCUACACCGAACUGGAAGUAUCUUAUUAUUUGCUGAAGCGUCUAUUGGGAGUUCGUACAGAGGGUGACAAGAAGGGUGCCCGUGUACAAAAACUAGCUAGGAAUGAAGUUCUUUUGCUAAACAUUGGUUCAUUGAGUACCGGUGGUAAGGUGCGUGCUACAAGAGAUGAUUUAGCUAAAAUUGUUGUUACUACACCCGUGUGUACUGAAAUUGGUGAAAAAAUUGCUCUAAGUCGUCGAGUGGAGCAACAUUGGCGUUUAAUCGGUUGGGGACAUAUUCGUGCAGGUAAAACAGUGCAACCAGUUAUCGAUAGACAGCCCAAAAAAUAAAUAUUAAAUUAUAUUUAAAAUUUAAGUAUAUUUUUUGUUGAGUUCCCAAAUAGACAAGAAAAGAAAACCAAUCAAGGGAUACAUAAUGAGAAAAACGCAUUUUUUUAAAACGAAUAAAAUAAAACCACAUUUUAUUAUUCUGA